AUAGCUCUCUCAAAAAAAGUGGAAUACGACGUCGUUAGAUAGUAUCUUCUUCUCCGUCGCCGACGACUGGGGGGAGGAAGUUAAAAAAAUGCUCAUAGUGGCGAGAAUGUGGCACAGGCCGUUUACGGUCAACAAUCCUCUUUUGAAAUCAGUUAUCGGCAUUCUAUCAUCGUCCUUCACCACGUCCUGCUCUAAGCGCGUGGGCACUCACAGUGGAACCUUUCACUGCGACGAAGCUCUCGCUUGCUUCAUGCUUCACAUUACCGAACACUUCUCCGGUGCCGACAUUGUUAGAACGAGGGACCCGAAGCUUCUCGAAUCAUUGGAUGCCGUAGUCGACGUUGGAGGCGCGUAUGACCCGAUACGACACCGUUAUGAUCAUCAUCAAAAGGAUUUCGAUCAAUUUUUUGGUCACGGUUUCAAAACUAAACUCAGCAGCGCUGGCCUUGUCUACAAGCAUUUUGGAUUGGAGAUAAUUGCAAAGGUGCUUCGUCUUGAUGAAGCUCAUCCUCAUGUACACCAAUUAUAUCCAACUAUAUACAGAAACUUUGUAGAGGCAGUUGAUGCUGUGGAUAAUGGAGUGAAUCAAUAUGACUUGGAUGAAUCUCCAAAAUAUGUAAUCAACACAGGCCUUUCAUCUAGAAUAAAACGAUUGAAUUUGGAUUGGACGGAUUCUGAUCAGUCAUCUGAUGCAGAAAACGAGGCCUUUCAUCGGGCAAUGGCUCUGGCUGGUGGUGAAUUUUUGGAGAAUGUGAAUUAUUAUGCAAAAUCAUGGUUACCGGCGCGGUCGAUUGUUAUGGAGUGUCUUGCAGCACGAGAAACUAUUGAUUCUAGUGGAGAGAUCAUAAAGCUAAAUCGUUCUUGUCCUUGGAAACUUCACAUACAUGAGCUCGAGGAGGAAAUGAAAAUCAACCCUUCCAUCAAAUAUGUUCUUUACCAGGAUGAUAGGAGUGAGAAUUGGAGACUACAGGCAGUGGCAAUUUCACCUGCUAGAUUUGAGAGCAGAAAACCACUACCAUAUCUUUGGAGGGGUUUGGAAAAUGACAAGCUAUCUGAGGUUGUUGGAAUCCCAGAUUGUACUUUUGUGCACAUGAGUGGUUUUAUUGGAGGAAAUCGGAGUUAUGAUGGUGCUCUAGCCAUGGCAAGAGCAUCUUUAAAGGCUUAGGCAAAGGUAGGUUAAACAAUGCCUUUUUCUGGAGCACUUGGUUUAUCUUCUUUUCGAUUGGACAUCUUUAGGAUUGAUCACUAAGCUUGUAUUUUAAUUGAUCAGUAUGCUUUAGUGGUUCCAAAACAUGGUUCAUGUGCAUGGGAAAAUUGCAAAAUGCUAAUGUGAUAAUAUGAUGCUGAAAUACACGCUUUCAUGUUAAAGCUGUGGAGGAAAUCUUUAGAGAAUGUAACUUGACAUUUUCUCUCAUACUAAAUUUUUACACCAGUUCAAUGAUUACAUUUCAA